AUGGCUUUGGACUCUUGGGAAAAGAAAGCUGAAGCCAAGCGAGCUCAAGCCGCUGCUAAGAUUCCACAAGACUGGCAGCUUCCUGCCAGCAUUCUUGAGGCGGCCUCUCAAGACUCGAACCAGAGCGUGCUUGCUGUCCCGCGGACCUGUGGUCUUCUUACGGACCGGGAGCUUGAUAUCACCGAAGCAUACGACGCAACAGCCCUGGUGGAGCAACUGGCAAGGCGUGAGUUUACAUCGCAAGAAGUUACGACGGCAUUCGCCAAACGCGCUGCGAUUGCUCAGAAGCUGACAUCGUGCCUGACGGAGACUCUUUUUGAGGAGGCCCUUGAGCGAGCGAGACAGCUAGAUGAACACAUCGAGAAGACCGGGCAGGUUGUGGGGCCCUUGCACGGCCUGCCGAUUAGUAUGAAGGACUCGUUCAGCUUUAUUGGCGUUCAAUCGACGAUUGGAUUCGUGGAUUUUCUUGACCAUGAGCCAAAAGACUACAACUCUACACUGGUGGAUGUUUUGCUCGGCCUUGGGGCAGUGUUGUUCGUGAAAACCAAUAUACCGCAGACAAUGAUGACGGCCGACUCGCAUAACAAUGUGUUUGGGCGAGCGCUGAAUCCGCACCGGCUAAAUCUGACACCUGGAGGCAGUAGUGGUGGUGAAGGAGCCCUCAUUAGCAUGCGCGGGUCUGUGAUGGGUGUCGGCACAGAUGUCGCUGGGUCAGUGAGAAUUCCAGCCCUAUGCUGUGGGAUCGUAGGCUUCAAGCCCACGGCUGAUCGGAUUCCGUAUAGCGGACUGACUUCAGCGGAACGGCCUGGGUUCAUGGGGAUCGCUUCAUGUGCUGGGCCAUUAUGCACUUCUGUUCGUGAUGCGGAGUUGUUUGCGAGAGCGGUGUUCAAUUCCAAUGCGGCUGAUCUCGAUGAGACAGCUUUAGACAUUCCCUGGAUUGAGCCCGGAGGCCCUAAAAAGAAUCAGCUAACUAUUGGGAUCAUCCCGGAGAGCUCAGCAUAUCCGCUCCAUCCGCCAAUGCAACGCACAUUAAAAAGAGCGAUUCGAAAACUCGUCGCGGCAGGCCACAAAAUUAUAGAUCUAUCUGGCAAGCUGCCUUCCAUCUCCAAUGCGUGCGACGUAUCCUAUCGUUUCUUCAACAUGGACCCGGAUCAGACCUUCCUCUCCCAUGUCAAACGAAGUGGAGAACCGUUUAUUCCGUCCCUAAAAUUCAGCUUUGAUCUAGAGGGCCAACAGCCAGAGCCACAGCUACGAGAGCUUUACGAGUUAAAUGCUCGCAGGCAGACAAUUGCGGCGAACAUGCACCGAGUAUUUGUCGACAAUCAGCUGGACCUUAUCCUCGGACCAGGGCAUCAAAGUUGUGCUGUUCCGCAUGACACUUAUGGUCCCGCGCCUUAUACCGUACUUUGGAAUCUCUUAAACUAUCCAUCCUGUGUGCUGCCAUUUGGCAAAGCGAAUCCGGCGGUCGAUGCGGAAUUCGUCCGGGACGUGAAAUAUAGACCGGAAUACAUACCGGAAGAAGUAUCAGGAGCUCCGUGUCAUAUCCAAUUGGCAGCAAGGCCAUUCAAAGAUGAGAAUCUGCUGGGGUUUGCUGCAAUCGUCGAGCAGGCUCUCGAAAACUGA